CUGAUGAACUUCGAGUUGCGCAGAAGAAAUACACUUUCUCACGCAAUAAAUAGCGUCCAUACUAAUCUAUGGCAACAUUGAGCAAUAGAAUUAUAUUGUAUAGUCAAGUUUUUAGUGAGAUUAAAACAUGAUAAGUUUACAUCAACGUCUCACAAGAAUUUUAUCAAAAUGUAACGGAGGAUUAUUGAAAAAUGCGACGUUGAAUCGUUUUAAAAGCAGUAAAAUAAAACGUCAAACCGCAGGAAUUAUCGUUAUCGGAGAUGAGAUUUUAAAAGGACAAGUGAAAGACACGAAUUCUUUUUAUGCGUCCGAGUUACUGUACGGAUAUGGAGUCAAGGUUCAGAAGAUUACCAUUGUACCAGACAGUGUCGCAGACAUAGCAACAGAGAUAAAAUGUUUUUUAAAGAGAUUUGAUUAUAUUUUUACGUCUGGUGGUAUAGGACCAACUCAUGAUGACGUUACGUACGAAGCCAUGGCAUUAGCCUUUAAUGACACUUUGCAUUAUCAUCCACUAUUAAUGGAAAUCGUAAAAAAAUAUUUAAACAAUGGAAGUGUUCCUUUGACACGUUAUAAAAUGGCAUAUGUACCAACUAAAUCGAUACUGAGAUUUGGAAGAAACAGUGCUACAGGAAAGUUAUCUUCUUACCCUUGUAUAGUCAUGGAAAAUGUUUAUAUAUUUCCUGGGUCACCAACAUUUUUCAAACCAUCUUUUCGUUCUGUGUGCAAGGACUUAUUUGUUAGAUACAAGAAAUUUGUGAUGACUGAAAUUUACAUAAAUGCAAAAGAGGAAUCAUUCGCGGAUAUUCUGAGCCAAGUUGCAGAAGAAUGCCCGAAUGUCUCGUUUGGCUCGUAUCCAGAAGUUAAUAGGCAUUACAAAGUGCGCAUAACUAUAGAAAGCGGGAACAAGAAAGAUACCGAAAAUGCGAGGAAAAUGUUUUGCGAUCGCCUUCCAAGCAACGCAUUGGUUUCUUACGACAGUACACCUCAUGUUGAUUGCCUUAAAAAGUUCGAGAAGCUACUGAAGGAGUCCCCUCGUCCGCUUUAUGAGAAUACGUUGAAGAAAUUCGUAGAAUAUUAUGAAAAGCCUGGAGAAGUAUGGAUAUAUUUGGACGGCAGUGAGGAAUCGAUCAUGAUGGUGCAUCUUGCUCGUGUGACUGAAGACAAAUUGCAGCGAUCGAACAGUAGAUUGCGCGCGAUUUGUUCAAAAUCGGACGCAAUGAAUCGAUUUUUCCGAGAACUCUGUGACAGAUACAACGUCGAAUUAUAUAAUUUACUAUGCGACGAAAUCAAUGCUCCAACGGAGAUAAAAAAUUGGAUGUCGAGAGCGGAAUCGCGAAUAUUGCUAGUUGGAAAACGUUUGAAUGGCAACGAAAGAGAAACUUACGAUAAUCUUGCACGGUUGAACGAGGAUAUUUCCGUCCCUGUGCAAAUACAUUUUCCUCUUAUCGAUUGGACGAACGAAGAUGUCGCGAGUUUCUUCAGCUCUCUCUCUUUACCUCAUUACACGAUAGAAACUCAAUCAAACUGGUAAAAAGAUGGGAAUCGAAGCAAAGUAACAACACGAGAACCGUGUUGCAACGUUGGCGAAAUUGAAAUCGAGGCGACGUUAAUUCGAAGCGGAUUUCGUAAUCAUAGGUUGAUCAACAAACACGCAAUCCGAGUUUUUUCUCGGCAGGAAACAUGAAUAAAUUAAACAAAUAAAAGAAUAUUACUGGAAAUUGUUUUAAAAUCAUUUUCGUUGGCAAUGGGUACUCUCGCAUCGAUCCUGCGAACGUUUGAAAUCUUUAGAUCGAAAUGAGCUUAGAAAUUCUUUAUCAAGUGGGUGGGGUCACGUUUUUCACUUGCUUGAAAGAAGCGAAGGAGAGUGAAAUCGAGGAAAACCAUCUUCCCUCUCCAUCCCUUUGAAAUUUCAUUUCGAGUUAAAGUAUUUCUAGCUUUUUUUCUUUUGAAAGUUUAAAAUGAGAGUGGGUGGUAGUUGGCCGGUGGGUGGUUAACGGGGCGGUACAUUGACCGAGUAUAUGCGUAUAUAGAGAGCGAGACGGAGAAACAGGUAGAGAGAGAGAAAGGGGGAAGAGAGAGAAAAAGAGAACCAGUGAGGAGGGGGACGCUACUAGCAAAGCAACGCCCAUGGUUCCGCGUUUGGCGGGCCGCAUUUUGUGGAUCGGUCAUCACUUUGCUACGCACAAAACCCCAUAUAUUUCCUCCGCAUUAUGUUAUUCAAAUCUAAUCUAUUCAUAGAACCCCUCUAUAUUCUCAGUUAGAUUUCAUGAGACAUGUUGUAAGGGGAAGGUUCAAUUAAUAGACACACAUUGAGACAAAAAAUAAAGUACAAAGAUAAAUAAAUAAUUUA